GACAAACAGCCCUCCACAUCGCCAUCGAGAAGAGGAACUACAAAUUUGUGAAGCUCCUGGUAAAGAACGGGGCUGAUGUCCAUGCCAAGGCUUCUGGUUUUUUGUUCCAAAAGGACCGAAAAGAAGCCCACUUUUAUUUCGGUGAACUUCCUCUCUCCUUGGCCGCUUGUACCAACCAGCCAGAGGUGGUCAUGUACCUCCUGGAUAACCGUCACAACAAGGCCAAGCUGACCGAACAGGAUUCCAUGGGCAACACCGUCCUCCAUGCGCUGGUGAUGGUGGCCAACAACACGGAGAAGAACACCAAGAUCAUGGUCAACAUGUAUGACAGGAUCCUAAUGAAAGGGGCCAAGAUGGACCCUCCCUCCAAGUUGGAAGUGAUUAAAAAUGGGGAACAGUUGACCCCUUUAACGCUGGCUGUCAAGACUGGGAAAGUCGAGAUCCUCAGGCACAUGCUCCAGAGAGACAUGAAGGAACGCAAGUUCCACCACCUUUCGCGCAAGCUCAUCGAGUGGACCUAUGGCCCCAUCCAGAGCUCCCUCUACGAUCUGACCUCCAUCGACAGCUGUGAGGAGAACUCAAUGAUGGAGACCCUGGCCUACAACAGCGACGUUCCAAACCGGUACGAAAUGUUGGCCCUGGAGCCUUUGAACAAGCUACUUCAACACAAAUGGGAAUCUUUCAUUAGAAAAAGGUUUCUCAUCAGUUUUUUCUUCCAUUUGAUUUUCAUGACGAUCUUCACAGUCACCGCUUACAACUGGUCACCAAAGGAUGAGCUUUUUAUUCCAACGACAAUGACCACCAAGGACUUAUUAAGACUUCUUGGAGCUGCGGUCAUUUUAAUUGGUGGCAUUUAUUUCUUCGUUGCUCAGAGCGUUCUCUUCUGGAGAAGACGCCACUCUCUGAAAGGUCUUCUAAUGGACAGCUGCUUCGACAUAUUGCUGUUUGUGCAGGCCCUCGCCAUCCUGGCCUCGUCCGUGAUGUUCUUUGCAAACACGGAAAAAUACGUGCUGCCCAUGGUGUUCGCCUUGCUUUUGGGCUGGAUGAACAUGCUCUACUAUACCCGCGGUUGCCAGCAGACAGGAAUCUGCCUCGUGAUGAUCCAGAAGGUCAUCUUGAAGGACCUUUGGCAUUUCCUGAUGCUCUAUGUGAUCCUCCUGGUGGGCUUUGCAACAGCUCUCAUUCUCCUCACCGGGGACGCUCCCCACUCCGCCCGCAAUACGUCCGUCCCACUCAGCGACGACUCUGAAGACCGGGCCGUGUAUUCGGGGCUGCUUCGGACGGCUCUGCUGCUGUUCAGGUUCACCAUCGGCAUGGGGGACCUGGAGUACAACGAGAACUUGAAGCACAGCUACACUGCGAUGCUGUUGGUGCUGCUCUUUGUCAUCUUGACCUACAUCCUCUUGCUCAACAUGCUGAUUGCUUUGAUGAGUGAAACGGUCACCGACGUCUCCAAGUACAGCCAGAGCGUCUGGCAGUUGCAGGUGAGGCCCCGUGAUUGGGACAGUGGCCAUUCCUGGCCCAGCAGGGGCUUAAACGGAACCAGAUCCAAAGAACCAGCGGGAGAGAAGAUGUAUAGCUCAGGGUUCAGCUGUGGGGUCCUCGGUGCUCUCUGA